AUGGAGGGCAGAUCUACGGGCGAGAAGGAAUGGGGUCACAAGGAAUAUCUGGAAAGGGAACGUUCAAGCCGGAUCACUGCAGUCAUCGUCGUCAUCGCUCUCCUUAUCGACGUCGAUCUAAUACUUCCCGUCCUCGGCGUGGUGACCGUAGUUCUCCGACUCCGCCCCGUCGACGGUCUCCUUCGCCCUCCGAUCCCUGCUCCGAUCAGCGACACCGAGAAGAAGUCAGAGCAUUUAUUGAAAGAUCCAGCCGAAGCCGAGAAGUCAGAAGGAGCAUCGAAAGGUCCAGCCGAAGACGACGCAUCAAAAUCCUUAAAGGAUGCACUUCAUCUUUUCCGCGUCCGUUCCGAUGCUUUUGCGAAGCAUCUGCUGGAUGCUCAGCAGAUGGUGAUCAAGAAUCGAGUCGAGCUUUACGAGAUGGAUCCCGCCCCACCCCAAUCAUACAGCGGGAAGCCAACCGGUGAAGAGUGGGUUGAUCAAGAGGCAAUGUUACGUAUAGACGUAAACAGAUGGGGUGCCAGCACAGUCAAGACUGAGGAUCAAGGGCGGCGGACACUGGAGGAAAAUUUCUUCGAGAGUUUUGUCCCGCGUCCUAAGCAAGUCGUCCACAAGGAUAUCCUGAGGAACUACCCUAUUCUCGCCGCAUACGUUUUCCGCAGCAUGGGACGUCAAAAUCUUCAGCGCCGUGCUGGUGACGCUAUGUAUACGACGCCUAGCGACGCUCAACAACAGUACUGUCAGAAAAUCAUGCACGGCAUCUUCAGACAGAUGGAAGCCGCAUGUACCAGGCUCUCUGCCCCCAAAGCUAGGCCUGGUGAAGCUUCGGGCAGUGGAAAACGAAAGCGCAGUGACAGUCCACCUGCAGAGAAGCCUUCUCCGGAAAAGCGAUCGCGGGAUAUGACGGGUGACCGAGACCAUCAACACUCUGUUCAAGCAAAGAGUAACACCUCCGAACGCGGCAACUCAUCGUGACUUUAUCGACCCGACAUGUACAGUAAGAUGUUAGCCCUAGUAUAUCGCGCAGACGAAACCGACAACGGACCGCGAGCAAGAUGGGAUACAGCUGGAAGUGUGACAGCGGAAUGGAUAAGAGCGACUUCUAAGUGGAAAUGUUCACUGAGCUCGCUGCCGGCGAUCAUCGAGUAAAGAAUGAUGAGCAGGCGAGAUCGGAAAAUCAAGAAUAGAACGCGUAGCGUAAAACAAGCAAUGUUAUUCGAUAUAGCGGAAUUUGCAGUACAAUCGGUAUCAUCGACACGAAGCGCAUGAAACGAUAAUGACAGGGCGUAUUGAGUACUAACCAACUUUUGGCGAUCUAGGGAUGCUAACGAACAUCCCUGGCGUCCUCGCUGCUCUUAAACAAGGACAGACGGGUGGAGCUGGAAAAUAGCACAGCGGACGCACGGACCUCGGGACAGAGAACGAGGUCCGCCGUCGCCGUUCG